UUCGAGAAUCCGCUCGAACCGAAAGCGUCUCUCGUUUUGCGCGCGGUACGAUCGAGCACGGAGGAAGAAAACGCUCGCGAGGCCCCAAGUGCUUUCUUUCGGGGCCGUGAAUUCGUGCGAGGAGGACGGAUACCGCCGUCCGACGACAGGAAAAUAGAAAAAUCGUUCCUCGUUCGGAGUUCCGCCGGAACCAUGCACACGGAAAUCGGAACCGGGGUCUAAAGCCAUCCACGCGCGACGCUAUGGAACCCCUGGGUACGUCCGCCGUGAUGUCGCCGUGGAUCGAUAACCAGAGGAUCGAUACUUCCGAUAGGCUGACCUGAACCGUCGCGAGGAUCGAGCCAGGGCCGCUUCCCACCCCCUAGGAGCCAGAAUCUUCGACGGCGACAAAAACACGCGGGAAAAAGAGGAAUGGUCCCUUGGGCCUUUGGCGUGCCUCUCGUCCUCGUUUCUGCUCUGGGUCUUGUUUUCAACGGUUACGUUCUCCUCGUGGUCCUCGGGCUGAGCAAACAGACGCAGCAGCAACAAACAGCCAAUACUUUGUUGUUGACACACUUGGGGGCGGUGGAGGCAGCUGUGUGCCUGAUACUACUGAUCUUUACCACUGGCUCCUGGCCCAUCGCCGGCACCUGGUGCGUCCUACACGGUUUCCUUUUAGCCCUUUUACAUCCGGUCGCCCUUUGGACCGUAACUGGACUGAACUGCGACAGAUAUUACGCGAUAGCUGCGCCGUUGCAUUACGCCGCAUUGGUCUCGCCGCGUCGCGUUGCAGUUGGUCUGGCUGCAUCCUGGACAGGGGCUCUGCUUUUGUGCGUGCUGCCUUUCUGGGGCCUGGUCCCGCCUUACAGAUACAGUCCGAGUCUGGGCUGCUGCGCGCCGGAUUUUGGGAACGCCUCGUGGGGCCUGGCGGCAGUGCUUUACGGGGCAGUGUACGCGAUCCUGGGUCUGGCACUUCCGGCCGUCCUGGUCACCGUCUGCAAUUUGCGUGUGCUCGGGAUAGCGCGUUAUCACCGGCACCGCAUCGCCAGCGCGAUAUACGAAGUUACCUUGAGCGCUCAGGUGACCAUCACCCAUCAACGGAAUCCGUUUUUUGUACCAACUGUCACGGCGCCCUCCGCCGUCAGUCCUCCUCGCUUUCACAGCGCGGCCAGCACGGUAAUGCAACUGGUCGGUUCUCUGUACUUGCUUUAUUUCCCGUAUUGUGGUCUCAUCCUUUGGGAGGUUUACGGCGUCGGUAAUCAACCUCACCUCCACGAUCACCCGAAGCUGGCUUCGUUGGCCUCCCUUCUACUCGCUUGUUCUCCGCCCAUCAACGGGCUCCUCUACGGCUUGAAAUCACAGACCCUUAGACGAUCCGUGCAGAACUACUGGCGGAAAAAGGCGACCAAGUCGGAGCUCCAGCAAGAGAUCCAAGCAAGGACGCCGAGCGCAGCAGGAUCAAGAAGGCCGUCCGCGAGCGGAACAGGUUCUUUCUUCCCGUUUCCACCGUUGCAACGAAGGCUCAGCGAGGCGUUAUUGGCGCUCGGCUCCUGCAGAACUGGAAAUAGUUUCGAGAGCAACAAUCUCGGUUUUCACCGUACCAGACUGCAGCCUGCCGCCUCGUGCAACACGCUCCGAGUACCGACUUCCGAAUCAGGCGAAAGCAGCAAGCUAGUCAGACCCAGUGCGAGCGCGAUAAGCUUGAUGGGUCCACAUUAUCGAAGCGACUUCAUCGGGGCGGACGUGGGCACCGGGUGCUCUAUAGCAAUGAACGAAACGCCAAAAAGAAGCCCAAGGAUCCUCAUAACGCGAGCUUGCAGCGAAGACAGCCAGGACGGAGGAAGUCCACUGCUGAGGAAACCCUUUCUAUCGAAUGCUCUUCCCUGCGAUAAACGGAGAUGGCGGCAUUGCAGCACCGGAAGCGACAGCAGUACGGGAAGUAGCGAGGCGAGCGUGUGGACGACGGGCGUCGCGCAAAAACUCACCAAGGCGAACGUAAAAAAUUCAUCGGACAUGUGGCCGUCGUCGCGGAGAUUCGCGCGCGGGAAAAACUUGGAGGAAGGGGCUCUUCUAGUCGGCGUCAGACCGAGCAAUAACAGCGAAAGCAGUGAUACCACGGACACGACUGCUACCACCACCACCACGACAAUGCCAACAAAGGCAACCGCGAUGGAGAACGGAGGCUAUCGGGAGAAGAUAAAAGAAGAGAUAGACGGCAACAAGGGGGACAGAGAACGGAGCGAGAGCGACAAUAGUUGGAGCAGCGUCGAUGACAUCGACUCAAAGGAAAUAGCGGACAAAAGUAUGGAGGAGGACAAUCUCGAGAAGAUUGAAGAGGAAACGGACGAACAAAAGUGCAAGCAAUUAAGGCGGAAAUCGAAAACGAUUCGCAAGCCGGACGUUCCUCAGGAUUGCAAAGAGGCAGCGCAGCGCAGGCCUCUUCUCGCCUCGUCUUCUUAAGUUCAAUCGACGAACAAACGUACCUUUCUCGGUCUAAUUUAUUCUAAUUCAAUAUAAUUUAUCGGUCGAGUCAACAGCGCCGACGCGCAAUGAAUUCGUUCGAGCCAACGCGAAGGAUAAUCACUCGAAACGAUUUAACCGAGUAUAUACCGGAUGAUCGAGCGCAAACGCAGUCCAGACGGAGCUCUUAUUUUUUUAAGAAUCCGACCACCGUUCGAUCCUCGAUCGUUCGUCGAACCACUUAUGCUCGAUAUCACACGCAAUAUAUCGACAUAUCCUGAAAUUAUAUUUUUAUACUUCCACUCAGCAAAGAGAAACCACCGUUAAUGACAAAAGCCGUGGCCGGGCGCAGUCGCACGCCCUCGGGGCGUGCACGGGAGGCUGAUUAAACGCGGCCAGGGUAAUCUCGACGAAAAACUUGUCCCAGCCAACAACUCCGCGGAAAGUUGAUCGCCCAAUCAUCCUUGUACGAGCGUCUACGAGUCCCGAGGAAAGUUCGCGCCGCGAAGGCUCUCGUUGUAAUAAUUUUCUUCGCCGCCUCGCCAGCGACGCUCGCGACGGAAGUUCGUCCCGGAAAUUCGCGGGGGAAAAACGGCACGACGAAGUAACCAACACCCGAGAAAGUUCUUUCGACGAUAGAAGUGUUUACGGAUCGACGAGAAACUCGCGGUCGAUCCACGAGUUGGAGACUCAUCGCCCCAGGGGUCUGGCGACCUUUCGGGGCGAAAACAGACGAAAACAAAGGUAUACGUGCUAGGCAGAGUUCAAUGGAAUUGAAUGUAAAUCCAACAUUCGCGCGAUGGAUUAAAUUAAAUUUGUAGGAAUUUAGAUAAAGAGAUUGCCAACCACUGUCGUACAUCAUCAUCGAUCGUAGACGUCUUAGAUCGUCUUUACACGGUCCUACGAAUUUGUAAUAAAUAUUGUUCUCGGCUAGAUCGUAAGGCGAGGCGCAAUAAUAUAUUGAUGUUCCUAAUCAACGGAUUUGUAAAAGAUAGAAAUUUGAUGCUCGUCUUCGGUUGUUUCAAUGACACGUAAUUUGGGACUUUGGUAAGUAUAAUAUUUAAAAUUAAUACAAAAAUUCGUGUUGCUAUGACGGAAGUGUUUUUAGAGAAAGAAAGUUCCUAUAUGAUUGGUUUCCCUGUUUUUUAAUUGUUUCACUUUUACGUCCUAUUGAAGUACCCACACGCGCGCGAUUUGAAUAAAUGAAUUAUCAUUAUUAAAUUUCUAUCUUGUACGAGGAAUGAUAACCACGUUUUGACGUUUAUUUUAUUGCGAAACUCUGACAACGUCUUCUUUGUCGAGAGAAGGAAUCGAAAGUCGAAUAGCCGUGCGUCAGAGUAGGAAUAGAAAAUUAGAAGACUCGUGGUUCAUCGAAAAUAUUUCGCGCCGGACGCGCAAAUCGAUCGACAUAGACGGUCGUUGAUCGUAGUAAUUGAUAAUAGACGAUGACUGUGCUAAAGUGAUCACGCGGACGAUUAAUAAAGGUUAACGAAGAGCGACGAACCAUCGUACGGACUCUUUUUACUAGCCAAGUUUGUACAGUUGUUUGUGAAUUGUGAUCUACUACUGUGUAUGCACCGACACGGUAAUAAUUUGCAAUCUAGGUGUAGGAACAAUCACCCGAAAUUAACCGGCGUUAAUCUUGGUGGUUAUUGGAAUUGAUGUUUCAAAUUUUGUAGAACGCGAAAGAAUGCGUGAGCAUAUGUGUGUCUGUGUAUUCCCGUGACGAUAGGUACUUUCAAACCGAAACGUUCUAGUUCCUGACAACACUCAACGUGACCCUUGAUUCUUUGAUUCUGCACAAAAGUUUACAGAACGGUCCAUUCAGACUUCCCCAUUUACGUAAAGCCGAGUAAUUGUUUAAAUUUAAAUUCGAUAUUUCUUGUAUCAGAAACAUCAAUUUCGUCGCGAAAGUACAAAUCUUAUUUAAAAAAGAACGAGGUAACGCAACCUUCUCGGUUUAAGGAUCAACUACACAUCGUCGAGCUGUACAGUUGAUGUUGGAAGCCACGUGAAUGUGUUUAUCUUUAAUUCGCGUGCACGGGCUAUCGCUUUUAAAUUCGUCAAUUAGAGCACGGAAAAGCGAUCUCGUC